AUGGAGGUACACAAAACAUCGUUCACGGUCUACGACAAGGUUAUAAAUGUGUUGUCUGUAGAAUUUGACAAGGGAGUGUAUAUAUGGGUCGGCGAUGAGUCACAGGUAUGCAAGGACCUGCACUGCGGAUUCCCUUUUAAGAACAUACAAGGAGAAGAAGUGGUAGGCAGUACGUUAAUCGGCGACUUAGACACUUUAUCAUGCGACCUUUCGAAGACCUUCGCUAAAAGGUUCAACACAGCGGUGUUUAUGAGCUACAAUAUAGAUGAAAACGAUUCUACCAUGCUGUCACUAUUGCAAGAGGCAUUGAUCAAAGCACUGGUCGACAUGUACCCUCAAUAUGCCAAGAACUAA